AGUUUAUAAUAGUUUGAAAGUAGAGUGACGCUCCUCGGGUUAGAAACGCGAGCAGUAUUCUCUUAUCCUGUGUUUCGAGUUUUUAAUUGGGGUUAAUCGGGUUGCUCGCCCGCACCUGACCUCAUAGUACACGCGUUACAUCCUGCGCAGCGCGCACCUUAAGGCAUUUUGAAGUGCAUCCGUAACGCUACAGAAGUUAAAUAUAUUUUCGACGUGAUUUCCUUGGCAAAACGGGACAUGGAAGAGCAGCCAGCAGAGGGCAGUGUGCCGUUGCAACGGUGGAAGACCAAGCUGAUCGACAUUCUGAGUGCAGACCCUGACUAUCUGCUGCAACACGCUCAUUCCUGCGGCCUGCUCACCAUGAGGAAGUAUAACAGCGUCAAAGCCAUGAAUGACCCUUCUGAGAAGGUGUGUGAGGUGCUGGACUGUGUGAUCCAGAAGGGGGAAGCUUCCAGCAGGGAGAUGCUGAACGUUCUGAGGAAGAAAGACAUGCUGAAGACGUUCCCGAAGCUAAGGAUUCUCAGGAAUCUCCGGCAGAACCCCAGAGGACCCAAACGGAGCAAAACGAGAAAUGAAGAAUGUGAAGAAAAUGUGCCCAACAAGAAACCUAAGCGGGAGGAGCUAGUGACAGACAGACAGCUGAUGCUCCUGGCCAAGGGUGUGGACCACUCCUGGAGGCAGCUGGGCAUCCUGGCUCUUGGUCUAUCCAACGUGCUGCUGGACCAGGUGGAGGAGGACAACCGGCAUCAUGUGGAUCGCGUGUUCGCCAUGCUGCGUUCCUGGCGCAUGCGAGAAGGCCGACGGGCGACGGCGGCACACCUGCACCACGUGCUGUCGCAGGGUGACAUCAGCCUGCUGCCCGAGAGCCUGGAUGUCCUCCUGUAGCCCCGGAUAAAUAUGCAGAAACUACACGUGCAUUUUUGAUUGAUGUAGCGAGCCUGUUAAAUGGGCAGUUAGCAAUACUGUUUUAUUUACAUUCCUUUUAUACAAAACAAAAUAUUUUGUCAGCAUUACUACACAUUUUCGCAAUCGGUAUCAUUGGAUGACAAGGACGGUGUGGUUUAUGGACACUUUCGUCUUCCAAAUUUCCAGAAAGAUCCAUAAAUCUGUGUAAGCACUCGGCAUACCCGUGGUCCCUGUGGAAUGUUCCAGCUCAGGGUGUCCUGGCAAGAAGUUGCAAGCUUUUCAUAAUGUAAAGGUCAAUAAUCAUAUGAUUUGUCAAGGAAACAAAGAUAAUUUGUAAUCUUUAUGAAUCAAUUUCAGAAAAACUUUUUCUUAUUUCUGCUGUUGGGGUGGCAUGGUGGUGCAGUGGUUAGCACUGUUGCUUUACACCUCUGGGACCCGGGUUCAAGUCUCCGCCUGGGUUACAUGUAUGUGGAGUUUGCAUGUUCUCCCCAUGUCGUCUUGGGGUUUCCUCCGGGUACUCCCGUUUUCCCCCCCACAGUCCAAAGACAAGCUGAGGUUAAUUGGAGUUGCUAAAUUGCCCGUAGGUGUGCAUGUGUAAGUGAAUGGUGUGUGAGUGUGCCCUGCAAUGGGCUGGCCCCCCAUCCUGGGUUGUUCCCUGCCUCGUGCCCAUUGCUUCCGGGAUAGGCUCUGGACCCCCCGCGACCCAGUAGGAUAAGCGGUUUGGAAAAUGGAUGGAUGGAUGGGUUUCAGCUGUUCCCACAGCGGAUCAUCUGUUUCCAUUUCUUCCUGUCCCCUGCAUCUUCGUCUUGCACAAUAAUAAUUGAUACUUUAUUGAUUGAUAUGAAAUCAUCUUUACGCCUCCCUCAAUAUGCUCUUUGUAGAGUAAGUUGUUCACAAAGGGCAGCCACCCGUAACAGCGCCCAGGGAGCUGGGGGUUCAGGGCCUUGCUCAAGGACCCGCAGAUGUGCUGAGGCUCUGGGAACCAGAAACCCUGUGAUUAUACACACACAGGCUUAGCCCACUGAUCCCCACACUGCCCCAACAUAUACAUGUUGGAGUACUUAUCUAAAUGGGGACCAUCUAUUCAUUUCUUUGGGGAAAACCCUACUCUCAGUCAGGACGACCUUAAACCCUUGUCCAGCUCUAACUUUAACUAAACGAAAUACAAGACUUUUGGCAUUUUUACUUUUUUUGAUUGCGCUUACAGAUUUUUAUAAAAUCUAUGUUAUCCAAACGGCAACCUGAAAAAUGUCCCCAAAUGUGAUCUAUAACACCCCCCCCCCCCCCCCCC